UUCAUUUCCACUCUCUCUCUCUCGCUAACUCGCCUGGACUCAUCUCCCCGAAAAGAUGGACCAAUUCAAGAAGCAACCUCGUCUUCCAAAAUUCGCGAUCCCCAAACGCUACGACAUUCGGCUGAAACCUGACCUCUCCGCCUGCAAAUUCGCCGGCACCGUCUCAAUUGACCUCGACAUCGUCGCCGGCACUCGCUUCAUCGUCCUCAAUGCCGCCGAACUCUCCAUCAACCCCGGCUCCGUCUGCUUCUCCCCUCGUAACUCUUCCAAGGUAUUUGAGGCGUCGGAAGUAGAGUUAGUGGAAGAGGAUGAGAUUUUGGUGUUAGAUUUUGCCGAGACACUUCCUCUGGACCUGGGAGUUUUGGCUAUUGGAUUUGAGGGUGUGUUAAAUGACAGAAUGAAAGGUUUCUAUAGAAGUACUUACGAGCAUAAUGGUGAGAAGAAGAAUAUGGCAGUUACACAGUUUGAGCCAGCUGAUGCUAGGCGAUGCUUUCCGUGUUGGGAUGAACCUGCUUGCAAGGCUACAUUUAAGAUCACAUUGGAUGUGCCAUCUGAACUAGUGGCCCUUUCAAACAUGCCUGUUGUUGAGGAGAAAGUGAAUGGCCCUCUGAAAACUGUUUCUUAUCAAGAAUCACCAAUCAUGUCUACUUAUUUGGUGGCAGUUGUUGUUGGUUUGUUCGAUUAUGUGGAAGAUCACACAUCAGAUGGGAUUAAAGUUCGAGUAUACUGUCAAGUUGGGAAGACAACUCAAGGGAAAUUUGCUCUAAAUGUUGCUGUGCGGACACUAGAGUUGUACAAAGAAUAUUUUGCUGUGCCCUAUGCUCUUCCCAAAUUGGAUAUGAUUGCUAUUCCUGAUUUUGCUGCCGGUGCAAUGGAGAACUAUGGCUUAGUUACAUACCGUGAAACAGCUUUGCUCUAUGAUGAGCAGCAUUCUGCAGCUGCCAAUAAGCAGAGGGUUGCAACUGUGGUGGCCCAUGAACUGGCACACCAGUGGUUUGGUAAUCUUGUGACAAUGGAAUGGUGGACACAUUUGUGGCUUAAUGAGGGUUUUGCAACAUGGGUGAGCUACUUGGCAACUGAUUACUUGUUUCCAGAAUGGAAAAUAUGGACUCAGUUUCUUGAUGAAUGUACUGAUGGCCUUAGGUUGGACGGGCUUGCAGAAUCCCACCCAAUCGAGGUGGAAAUUAAUCAUGCUGGUGAAAUUGAUGAAAUUUUUGAUGCUAUAAGUUACAGAAAAGGUGCAUCAGUUAUCCGGAUGCUACAAAGCUACUUAGGUGCUGAAUGCUUUCAGAGGUCACUUGCUUCAUAUAUAAAAAAACAUGCAUGCUCAAAUGCAAAGACUGAAGACUUAUGGGCUGCCCUUGAGGAGGGAUCUGGUGAACCAGUCAACAAGCUAAUGAAUACAUGGACAAAGCAGAAGGGGUAUCCAGUUGUCUCUGUCAAAGUCAAAGAUCAGAAGUUGGAAUUUGAGCAGUCACAAUUCUUAUCUAGUGGUUGCCAUGGGGAUGGGCAGUGGAUUGUCCCAGUAACUUUUUGUUGUGGGUCAUAUGACAAGAAGAAAAGCUUCUUGUUACAAACAAAGUCUGAAACUCAUGAUGUAAAGGAGUUCUUUUCUGACAGCAACAAAAGUGGUAUAGCGCAUUUUUGGAUAAAGCUUAAUGUGGAUCAGACUGGCUUCUAUCGGGUGAAAUAUGAUGAGGAACUUGCAGCUAGAGUUCGUUAUGCAAUAGAAAACAAAUACUUGACUGCAACUGACAGAUUUGGCAUUCUUGAUGAUUCAUUUGCACUUUGUAUGGCACGCCAGCUGCCGUUGACCUCCUUGCUUACCUUGAUGGGUGCCUACAGAGAGGAACUUGAGUAUACUGUGUUGUCAAACUUGAUAAGUAUAACGUAUAAGGUUGGGAGAAUUGCAGCAGAUGCAAAACCUGAACUAAUGGAUGACAUUAAACAAUUUUUUGUUAACCUUUUCCAAUAUUCUGCUGAGAAGCUUGGUUGGGAUGCUAAACAAGGUGAGAGUCAUCUGGAUGCAAUGUUGAGAGGAGAAAUUUUGACUGCCCUUGCUAUGCUUGGGCAUGAGGAGACACUGACAGAAGCAAUGAGGCGAUUUCAUGCAUUCUUGAAUGACAGAAACUCACCACUCCUCCCUCCUGACAUAAGAAAGGCAGCAUAUGUAGCUGUAAUGCAGCAAGUCAACUCCUCUGACAGAGCAGGUUUUGAGUCUCUUUUGAGAGUUUAUAGAGAGACGGAUCUAAGCCAGGAGAAAACUCGCAUUUUAGGCUCAUUGGCAUCUUGUCCGGAUCAGGGUAUAGUUCUUGAAGUUCUAAACUUUGUACUGUCUCCUGAGGUUCGCAGCCAAGAUGCUGUGUUUGGACUUGCUGUUAGCAAGGAGGGACGUGAAGUUGCAUGGACAUGGCUCAAGGAUAACUGGGAUCUCAUCUCAAAAACAUAUGGAAGUGGAUUUCUGAUAACUCGCUUUGUCAGUGCAAUUGUCUCACCGUUUGCUUCAUUUGAGAAAGUGAAGGAAGUGGAGGAGUUCUUUGCAACCCGGACAAAGCAUUCAAUUGCCAGAACGUUGAAGCAGAGCCUUGAGCGGGUCAACAUUAAUGCCAAUUGGGUUCAGAGCAUUCAGGAAGAGAACAAUCUAGCUGAGGCCGUGCUGGAGUUAGCUUACAGGAAAUACUAAGUUUGAUCUUUCUAGUGCCUUUUUUCCUAUCUACCUUUACUUUAGUUGUAGAAUAGAAAGCUGUUGGGGUGGCUUUUUACUGUUCUCAUACUUAACAGAGUAAUAUGAACAAUAAUGCAUGGGACGUCGUCAGUUUCUAAUAGUCUUGCUGAUAAUCA